AUGGCUUCUAAAGCGUUAUUGUUAUUUGUUGUAGUCAUAUUUCUGUUGGUAAUUGGAAUGGAAGGGAGGAUACUUUGGGAUAAUUCAAAGAGUAAAGAUAGUGAGAGCAACGAUCUUUUGCGACGGUUAGGGUACAAUGUUUCUGAACUAAAGCGUAUUGGUCGAGAGCUUUCAGUCCGAAAUGAAGUGGAUAGGUUUUCUCCAGGAGGACCUGAUCCUCAACAUCACUCUUAUCCUUUCUUGUCAAAACCCUAA